AUGCCUGCAAAGGAGCGAAAUCAGAGCCCAACAACGCGUGUCCGCGCAGCUUCUGGCCCCAAAAACCAGCUUGCUGAAGAGCCUGCUGUGAGAGCCCCGUCAAAGUCGAAAUUGAUCCAUCAAGAGAAGCAGGCCAAUAUAACUCCUAAGCGUCCAGACACAGAUCGCCGUGCUAGCAGGGGCCAGCCUCGUGGACCUUCUCCGACUCAAGCAGAGCGGUCUGCAUCUGGGCGCAAUCAUCGUGCCGCUCUCCCUGCCUCCCAACGCACCAACAACGACAAGCAUACCCCCAGCCCGAAAAUUGACAGCGAGACCCUUCUUGCAUACAAAGCCAUGCGUGUGCCCUCAGAUGAACAGGGCCAGUUUGAUAUGGUUUCAAAGAUGCAGCUAGAAAUAAAACGCCUUGCCCGCGAACUCGAUGAGACCCGUGCGCAAAAGGUUACGGUUGAAGCAGGAAAAAACGAUCUGAUAGCGGAAAACGCACGCAUGAAGAAGGAGCUUAACGAUGUUCUAUCGAACCAGAAGUACAAAAAUCACACUAUUAAGAAGUUGGAAAGGGAGACAAUAGAGCUGAGGGCCCGACUGGAAACAGAAAGAAGCUCAUUUGUUUUGCGUCUUGCCGAAAAUAAUAGCAAGAAUAACACUCCUGGGUCUAGAGUAUCAAGUCACUCCCCACGCAGGCAGUCACCCAAGCCCUCUGCUAACGGCUCUCCAAAGGGUCCUAUAUGUGACAAGUGCAAGGAGAAAAUAAGAUCUGGUCAGUACCCCGCAGGCUCUGUCCCCUUACGAGCCGAGGACGGGUCCUUGGAGCCACAAGAGUAUAAGAUUCCGGAUCUGUAUCUAAGAGAGGACCCCUCCCGACCUGAGUCCCAAGAGUUUCAGGUUGCAGCACCAAACGUCCUUGUAUCUACGGAGAAAGACAACGCUUCAUGGAAAAAGGAGCUUGAACAUCUCCAGAAGGAGAAUAAGGCUCUCCGCGGGGAGCUUGAAGCAUUAACAGUCAUACAAAAUGACGGUCACAGUCACCUGGAUGUUAUACAGAAAAUGAACGACGAUUUGGAUAGGGUAUUAGAGGAACGCUCAACUCUCCAACAGGACGUCGCUUAUUGGAAAGCCCAGUGUGAGCUGGCCAAGGCACAGAAUGCCAACUGUGACGUUGACCAGCACGCAAGCGGAUGUAGCAGGGAGGAACUUCUUGCGUGCCAGGCGCUUAAUGCUGAGUACGAGAAGAAGCUUGCUGCGACUAGUGAGCGUCUCCGCCUUGCAGAAGAGCAGCUCAAGCCGUAUUUAGAGGCCAAGGGCCGUGAAAAGGCUCUUAUCGAGACCGUUACUUCUCUGCGUGCUCAGCUGCAAGAUAUGACCAAGCGUCUGUUGGCGUACGAGCAGAACAAAUCACCAAGGUCUGCUAGGGCUAAAUCUAACGAAAGCCUUAAAAAGGCCAACAAGCCGGCUGGCAAGAAGUAA